AGAAACCCUGCCCCUUUACUUCCUGGUUGCAUAAAAUAAUCCUCGCACUGUUUAGUGUGAUAUAUUCUGUCGUCACCUCUUCUCUGACGAGUUUAAAUUUGUGAACCAGCAUGUUCAAAGGAUUCGGGACGUGGUUGGGUCUGGAGAAGACGUCGGAGGAGAACCUGAGAGCGGAGCAGGAGGAAAAGGUGGUGGAAGCCCAGAACGACGUAAACAAACAGCAACCAGCUGACCAGGAUGGGGAGGCAGAGACAACGCAGACAAACACUCAGCAGAACAAAGGAUUUGGUGACUACAUCUUCAGCUUUGCCUCCAACGCCACCAAGAAGCUCUCUGAUUCUGUGGUGGAGACUGCUCAGAACAUCAAGAAGACAGUAGAACAAGGAAAGAUCGACGGCAUCAUAGACAAGACUAUUCUAGGGGAGUUCCAGAAGGAACAAGAGAAGUUUGUUCAAGAGAAGAAAGCCAAAAAGUCAGAAGCAGCAGUGCCUCCAUGGGUCGGCUACAACGAGGAAGAGACGAUCCAGCAGCAGAUCCUCGCUCUGUCCGCUGACAAGAGGAACUUCCUGCGGGACCCUCCAGCAGGUGUUCAGUUCCACUUUGACAUGGAGCAGAUGUAUCCUCUGGCUGCAGUCAUGCUGGAGGAGGACCAGCUCCUCAACCGCAUGCGCUUUGACCUGGUUCCUAAGCAUGUGAAGGAGGAGGUGUUCUGGAGGAACUACUUCUACCGGGUGUCUCUGAUCAAACAGUCGGCUCAGCUGACGGCACUGGCAGCUCAGCAGCAGCAGCAGGACGGCGGGAGCAGCGGGGCCAGUGUCUCACCGGAGGACGUUGUACUAAAAGACAAUGUCAGACCCAAAACUCCACCCGUUUCCAUCAGCAGCUUGCAGAAGCCGUCUCAUGAGGAAGAAGAAGAAAUCUCAACAAGUCCUGGAGUGUCGGAGUUUGUCAGCGACGCGUUCGACUCAACAGCCAUCAACCAGGAGGACCUGAGGAAAGAGAUGGAGCAGCUGGUGCUAGAUAAAAAGGACAGUGUCUCCUCUCCUGAUGAUGAUUCAGCAGAUUGGGAAAAAGAGCUUCAGCAAGAACUUCAGGAGUACGAGGUUGUGACCGAGACGGACAACAGGGAUGACCAGUGGGACCAAGAGAUUGAGAAGAUGCUCCAAUCUGAAGACAGCUAGAAUAGGAUGUCUUCACGGGUAACGGUGUGCUCUAAAACAACGCAGGAGGAGAGGAAAUGACCUAAUCCUCCUUCCUGAUGAAGUAAUGUAGAUGCAGUUCUAGCAGGAGAGCAGCUGCAGGCAGGAGUAAUAGUGAAGUUCUACUUUCUGACUCGGUUUUAUCUACUCGUUUUCCUCAGCUGUCUUUUGAUGGGCAAAGCCUCCAGAGGGCGCUCUAUUGCAACUUUUAAACAGAAAGCAUCUGAUGUGAGAUUUUAUGUUUCCACACCGCUGGUGUAGUCAUGUACUGGUGUCGGUACAACAAAACGCUGUAAAGCUGCAGCGUAUGUAAAUAAGAGGACUGUAACAAAGUACAGGAACAUCUUCAUCUAUUUAAUCCCAUUUUCUGUUGGCGUCGUGUUGUUUCUAUGUAGCAGGAAUAUUGUACACGUCUGAUUUACCUAUUUUCUCCACUUUCUUUAAUAAAAAUUGAUUAUGGAA